GUUUAUCCAGUUUUUCAUUAAAUAGUCUAAUAUCUUAUUACAAAACCACGAAAAAAACUGACUAACAAUGCGACCUUAUUAGACAACUAUUUUUAGUAUGUAUGAAGCCUCAAAUUCUUCAUCAGCUAAUAAGAUUAAUUUUUCAGUUCCUUUUACUUACCUUUAUAUAUAUAUCACAUUAUUUAUUUGACUUUUCCUCUAAUAGAUGACGAAUGUAUGGAUGAGACGGAUAGUAAUGAUAAAAGUUUGUUGAGAAAGUGGUUAGAUGUAUUCAAUCCUGAUGUUGAAUUAUUAUUAGUAUAUUAUGACAUCAAAAAUUCAAAUUGUGGUUUGGGUAUUGGCAUCGGGGAUACUGUUGAAGAUGACGAAAUUUUUGGUGAAAAUCAACAUCAUCAUUAUAUAAUGGAAAUUAAUCCUGAAGGACCUAUUGGCAAAGAUGGAACCUUAUCGAUUGGAGAUGAGUUACUUGAAAUUAAUGAUGUUGUUAUCGUUAACAAAGAUCAUUUAGAGAUCUCCAGUAUUUUUCCUACUAUUCCUUCCGAAGGGUAUUUAAUAUGUGCUCGUUAUCCAAAUAAAUCUCGAAUUGAUAUCAAAGUAGAGAAUGGAAAUGAUGAAUCAGCCAGUGUUGUUUUCUUCACUCGAACUCUAAGUGAUGGUGAGAUUCCUAAUGUCGAUUUCAAUGAGCAGAUUUUGGAUAGUAAUCUUUUCGAUGAGACCGAUCCAGGAAUUAAAAAUACCGUAGCCCUAGCACCACCGAACAAUGAAGAAGGAAUUGAUCAACAUUCUGGAUCUGAUAUUGAUGAAAGUCGAUAUCCAAUAAAACUAUUGACGAUUACUAAUUCUGCUCUGCAGAAUAAAAGCUCCAGUCUUGAAUUCCAAAGUGAAGAUAUUCAAACCGAUAAAAUGAUAAACGAAGAUAUUGAACCGGAAAUUGAUAAGAAUAACUUAAUAACGAGCGAUCAAAAACCUAUCGAAUCGACAGUAAUAAGCUCAGUACAACGUCUACCAAUGGCUGUUAAAUUAGUGAAAUCCAUGGAAAAAUUACCGUUUCACACUACAUCGUCUCAAGUAUCCGGUUUAAUUUCUGAAAAUAAUAAUCCAAACCAUAGUAAUUUGAUUCAAUCGAAUGAAAAAACCAAUCAAAAUGAUGAUAAUCAUAUGUUAACUGUUAAAGUUUUGAAAAAAGCCGGUGAAAUACUUGGUUUAGAACUGGAGUUAGAAAGUGGAGAUGAAAGAGGUAUAAAACUUGCACAUAUUACUCCUGGAAGUCCAGUAGAUCGUUUGAAAUAUUGGAAUAAAUAUAAAUCUAUGGAUUAUAUUCAAACUAAUUCAGACUAUUCGAAACUUUCAGAAACGUCUUGUAUAAAUGGUGAUCAUUUACGUAUUCCUACUGCUGGUGACCGGAUUUUAAGUGUAUCAGAUUACAGUUUUCAAAAUAUGUCAGCUUUCACAGCAUUAAGAUUAUUAAGAAAAUUAAUUUCUUAUUCUGGUUUUAUAAAAAUCAAAUUUAUACCUAGUGAAUAUUUUGGAAAUAAUCAAUUGAAAUACAAUAGUCAAUGUAAAGCUUUUCCAUCAGAACCAAAUUUAACAAUUAAUUAAUUAAUUAUAUGAUUAACAAUGAAUUAAAUAACUAGUUAUCUUUAUAAUUAUUAUUAUUAUUGUUAUUUUAAAUUGAAUCUUAACUAAUUUUUUAUUUAUUUUCUAAACUUUAUCAUUUUUUUCUUUUUUUUAAUAUUCCGAAAAAUAAAGAAAAAUAAUAUAAAUAUCAUAAAUUUUUAUUGUGAAAGUUCAGUUUUUUUUAAAAAAAAAUAGUGAAAAAAAAUUUCACAUGCCAAUUUUUGUUUUAUUAUAGAAAAACAUUUUUUUGAAAAAAAUAAUCUUUUUUAUUUAAAAAUAAAUAAUUGUUCAUUAUUGUUAUUAUUAAUAUUAUUAUUACUUUUAUUGUGUCACAAAUGAUUUCACAUAAAAAUAAUUAUAUUGAUCAACAAUAUAAUUAUUUUCCCAAACCAUUUAUCUUAAAUAAAACUAAUUCUAAUAUUAAUGCUAAUAAUAGUAAUGAUAAUGAUAAUCAACUAAUACAAUUGAAUAAGCAUUCAUCUUCGUUUAAAUCUAUUAUAAAUACUGAAACAACAUCUAAAUUAGAUCGAUCAUUCAGGUCAGUGAAGUUGUGUUGUUUUUUUAAUAAAUUUAUUAUUUGAUUAUUUAUAAUGUUAUUUGUUAUUGUAAUUGCUUUCAACAAUUUAUCUUUGUUCAAUUAUUUUUAAAAAAACUAGAUGUUUUUAUUUAAAAAAGUUUUUUUCAUUUUAUGUGUACAUAUAUACAUAUAGAUAUAUUGAUUGAUUUUUUAACCAAAAAAAGUUUUUUUUGUUCUUGAAAUUUCCACCGAAUACAUUUUCGAUAUCCUUUACAAGAACAAAAAAUGAAAUAAUGGGAGAUUUUGUUUUUUUGUUUGCUUCAUAACCAGUUAGUCAC